CUCUAAGAGCCAGGCCGCCCGCCGCCACUCCACCGCACACCUGUGUGGAAAUCGUGUAUUUACGCGCGCACACCGGUGUACGGAAACCCGAGGUCGAGAGUGAACGCGCCGCGUCCACCACCUGCGGAAUUUCACGCGUGCCACGCGAUCGACCACCCGUCCGACACGACUGUGAUAAAACAACCACGCGGGAACGCCAGCCGAUGAUAAAUCACGAUCGAGCGUUUGUCCGGUGAGCUCGUCGUAUGUGCCGAAACGAACGUGGAUCCCGUCACGGGACGACUCGCACCGUUCUUUGUGUAUGAUACCUGUUUCUCGCGUAACAGUUGUCAAGUUCCAAGUGUAUCGAACAGGAUGAUGUGACUCGCGAUAUUCUUUGCACGCUCCGAGGUGUACAACGGAUAGUGAUAGUGUGGACAUGUUGCGACAAGUUGAGCGUCACCGGGUCUACUACGUCGACCGUUCCUCGUGGAAUCACAUGUACGAAAAGACGAACAGUAGUGAUGAUAAUAAUCGGUGUUGAAAUCGGAAUUUUGGAGUCGCGUUACCGCUGUCGAACGCCACAAGCGUACGCCUUAUAGAACCGUGAGCAUAAAGUUGUCGGAUUCUAAGGGAGUACAACGCCGUUCGACAUAGUACCGAAGGGCAGAUAUCGUUGGCGAUACGUGCGUGGCCGCGUGCGUGCGUGCAUGGAAGAGAAAAACGAACGCAGAACCUCGAGGUACAAAGGAGGACGAGACGGAGCAAGGUGGCUCCGCUAACGGCACGAGCGGCGGUCAGAAAAUGUCGAGCGCCGCGGACAGUCCUGAUGGGAUGGCUUUGCAGUCGCACUAUUCCUUACGAUGGAACAAUCAUCAGACGCACAUACUUCAAGCCUUCGAGGCGUUGCUACACGCGGAGAUACUCGUCGACGUGACCCUGGUCUGCGCCGAGACCAGCCUCAGGGCGCAUAAGGUUGUGCUUAGUGCCUGCAGCCCAUUCUUCGAAAGGAUAUUUGCCGAGCACCCCUGCAAACAUCCGGUGAUCGUACUAAAGGACUUUCCCGGUCACGAAGUAGCGGCGCUGAUCGACUUUAUGUACCGUGGCGAGGUGAGGGUCGGUCGCGAGGAACUCGCAGGACUGAUGAGAGCCGCGGAGAGUCUACAGGUGCGUGGAUUAGCUUCGUCGGAACCGAGGCCGACGUCGCCGCCGGAAACGCCGACCGCCGAUCUGCUGCUUGGCGAGCCGUCGACGCCCGAGGGCGCGAGGCAGGAAACUCCAGAGGAGGAUGACAACGUUUCGGAAAGCACGGCGCCGCCGUCCACGCGAGAACCGGUACCGGCAACGACACCCGCCAUUUUUCACCCUAGCAGGGACCAUCGCGAUAGGUUACCGCACAUGGGCCAUCUGAACUUUGGGAUACGCGAGCCGCGAGAGAGUUGCGGAUCGCCGCUGCUACCUCGACGAAAACAGGCUCGACCGCGAAGAAGAUCCGGCGAAUUGGUGCCGCAGGAUCUCAGUCGACCUCAUCCACCGCGAAGUCUUAGCCCGUUGGCGAGCGGAUUGAAUCUGUCCGGUGUUAAUCAACAAUCGCAACACCAACAACAACACCACCAGCCCUCCAACUCGAGCACGCAGAACCACCUACAGCAGGAGGAUAUGGCGGAGAAUCUUUCGAUGAAGAGAUCGUCGUCGCCCAACGGAGCCGACCAUCACAACGUAAAAGCGGAGAGCAGCGAAGCGGCCAGUAGUCCGAGGGGAUCUCCGUUAACCGGCACGAGUCUGCUGCAUCCCGACGGUUCCCUCCAAGAUAUUCCGUCUGCUGCGGCAGCAGCGGCGGCCGCUGCCGCCGCCGCGGGCUUACCGACGAUGUCGGCCUUGUCGCUGACACCGCCGCAUCAUCACAGCGAGUACCUGACGAGUCUGGGCCAGUUAGCGGCCCAGUGGUUACCGAAUCAUCCGCAGAGCCAAUUGCCGCCUCCACCUCAGGGUCAUCAUCCGCGGGACGGCAGUCCUCACGGGCCUAAUAGAACGCAUUCGUAUCAACAACAACAGCAGCAGCAGCAGCAGCAACAGCAACAACAACAACAACAACAACAACAACAGCAGCAGCAGCAACAAGAAUCGCCGUUGACACCACGACGAAGUUCCGUCACGGCCAUGUUCCCGUUGGACGGUGUCGCGUCUCUAGGUGGUGGACUGUUUCCUCACGCGGGUGCUCUCGACAGAGGAUCCCUUUUGGCGGAUCUUCACGAUAGCUUUAAACCGGAAACGUUGCACGGACUAUUCGGCGCGGCGGGUCUGAGCGGUCAUCAUUCGGGAAAAAAGCCAAAGAAACACAGGAGCGACGGUGACGCGGCGCGCAGAUGGGGGGGAGAUCACAGCGGUCGAGGACUACCGGUGGGAAGGCCGAAAGGUCAGCACAGCGCACCCAGAGGCGGACCGCCACGGUCUUGGACGAACGCGGAGCUGACCGAGGCGUUGCAGCACGUUUGGAACAAGAAGAUGACCACGUCGCAAGCAAGCAGAAUCUUCGGUAUACCGUACAACAGUCUAUUGAUGUACGUGCGAGGCAAAUACGGGAAAAGUUUGAAACUCGAACAGCUGAGAAGGGACUGCACGGGCUCGACAACGAGCGAAGUAGUAAUAAAUUCGUUGAACAACAACGUUAAGGCCGUCCAGCCGCCGACGCAGAUGGCUCAUCCGCUCGCCGGUCUACCGCCGCACCCAGGCGACGACGGUGUAUUUCCUCAUCAUUCGUUGCUCGGCGCUAAUCUACCACAGGGUUUCUUUCCUGACUUUGCCGCCGCCGCGUUCCCCGUUCCGGUUAGCAUGGUGCAUUUACUUCCGCCGAGCGAACAAAAGGCCUUCGAACCAGCGGCAAAUCCCGCUAGCACGAGUGGGUGCGGGAGCGGCAGCGGCAGCGCAAGCGGGAGUGGUAGCGGCAGCGCGAGCGGCAGCGCGAGCAGCAGCGCGAGCGGCAGCGCGAGCGGCAGCGCGAGCGGCAGCGCAAGCGGAAGCGGGAGCGGAGGCGGCGGUGGCGGCAACGGUAGCACAGGCGGCGAUCUUAAUACUUCGCGGAGCAGUCGAACGCCAUCGCCGGUUGAUCAUCACCAUCACCAUCAUCAUCAUCAUCAUCUUCGUCAUCAUCAUCACGAACCGCUGCAGCCGCAACCGCCACAGUCGGCACCCACGCUACUUCAACAAAAUGGUUCGGAUUAGAAAAGAGAACGUUUUACGCGUGAUAUCGUAGCGCGGUCACACGCCGAUUGUCGUCUUCGUCGAAGGACCACGGACGCUUAAACGUCCGAUUCAAACCGACCAUCCCUUUUAACGAUUUCUCGACACACGCACACCUCAGACACGUCGAUACUUACAUAUAAACGAGCAGAACGAUAGGCCGCGUGCCGCCGAUAUUCCCGCGAAAUUCUUCUCAUCUCAAAAGACUGACUACCACGCCGGGUUUACAGCUGCCGGGGUGUAAGCUCGACGGACGUUCCACCCUGCACGGUCCACUCUUAUGACCCACCACCGCCCGUUCUCCCAUCUUCUCCAUCUUUCCCUUUCGACUUUCUUCUUCCGACUUUCUUCUUCCGACUUUCUUCCUCCGUCUUUCUCCGUCUUUCUCCGUCUUUCCCCGUCUUUCUCCGUCUUUCUCCGUCUUUCUCCGUCUUUCUCCGUCUUUCUCCGUCCUUCUCCGUCCUUCUCCGUCCUUCUCCGUCCUUCUCCGUCUUUCUCCGUCGACAAAAAUAUCGACGUUCAACUCCCUUUGUCCGUCGAUCGCGAAACACCCGAAACUCGGUCGAGCGUGCCGGCGAAAUUCUCUCGUAUCUUCUUCUUGGCUAAAUUAGCGGCUCGUCCGGAGACAGUUCGAAAGAAGAAGAGUCAUCGACGGUGUCUUUUCUGGUGCUCGUACCCCCGUUACGCGCUUGCUACGCGUCCUGACCAAAAGAAUCAUCUACCCUUCGGUCGAUAAGAAACGCAACAAGGUGCUUGGAAACGGAGACUUUGGCUGGUGGACGAGACACACGGCUCUCCUCGUAUCGUCGCUAUAAAUAGUUCCUGCUACAACAGCGAUCAUACCAAAUAAUAGUACUGUAAAACGGCUAAAGCAAAUGCAACGGCCGCCCCACGUGAAAUAGGAAAAAUCGUCGAAGAAUACUCCGAAGAAUACUUGGCUGUUUCGACUUGCAGGCUUCUCGUUGAGAAAGUGACGUACGCCAGCGGAAGAGAAAAAGAGAGAAACGGAGGGAGGGGGAGACGCACACGCGCUUACUUACUAUAAUACUUUGAAAACAUCCUGAUGGCCUGUGAUGUACACGUGUUAAGGUUUACAAGACUCGAACGAUAGUUUAAUACGCGGAUCGUUAACAUACCUGUUGCAAUUCGCGCUCGGAGGCAGCAAGCUGGCGCGUUGAACGAACGUCGAACGAUCGUUACUCGUUUGACAAUCAUACGCGAUAAUCCGAAACGUUGUCUUUUAAUUUUACGCCGAUCUCUAUUUUUCCGACGUAGCUGUACAUCCCUAUUUAUCUGAAUCGACGAUUUGCCGAACGUUACUCCACUUAUUACUUACUUGCUUAUUAUCGGCCAUGCUUCCACGAUUAAAACACGAUUAAAACACGAUUAAAACGAAAUCAAUCGACCAAUCACCUAAUACCUCGUACCUCUGGAUCGUCUUGCUGCCGCCGUUGAAGCGCGUCGAAACGAGCUUCCAAUCGACUACCAUUAUUUUACGCCACCUGCCCGAUGUUAACCGCGGUUAUUACAGUUCAGUUUGAUACAACGAUAGUCGUUACGGAUAAACGUCACUUUCGCGCGAGCCGUUUGCGUCGGUCCUCGAUAGGGUUUCGAAAGCGGUAAGAAAACCGCCGGUUCGCGACCACCGGAAUUACAUGCAUUCGUAAAAUCACGUUACGAUCACCAGAAGAGUCUAGGGUGGAACGGGGUUUACGUAAUAAUCACGCGCGGGGUGGUGCGAGCUUGCCAAGAUUCUCUCUUUUUUCUCUUGCCACGCAAGAAGUAUCGCGGCCACGAGCUGUCCCAGUACACGCGCUACCCCCGCCAACCGCUGCGAUAUUAUCCCCUACGGACGGACGUCUGUACACUGAUCUGUAAAUACUCGACUUAGCGGUACCAUCGAUAGCGUUAGCGACGCUUCGUUCCCUUUCUUUCGCUUUGUUUUGUCACGACAAUUCUUCCUCAAAUCGAGAUUUCCCGACUCGAGAGAAACAACGCGCCACCUAUAGCACGCGGACGUUCGACGACCGGCCGAAACGCCGGUAAGCUCGGCAAGUUAGCCAGGGGAAAAGACGAAGCCGCGCGUCUCCGUUCGAUCGUAAAUCUUGGCGAGCUCCCGGAAACGCGAACCUUGUUCGGCCAGUGCGAAACAAGGGGUGGAACGAACGAAACGAGUGAAAACGGGCAGAUGCGAAGAAACGAGAAACAAGGAAAGAGGAACAAAAUUCGUAUUCGAAACACGGGACAAACGACGAAAUUUUAAUCGUAGACCACAAUUUCGCAACAAUAUUUCGACAACCAGACGGAAGCGCAGGGUAACUAACACAUCAGGGAUAGCCACAGACAAAUCUACGAUAGAUAAAGAGAAAAAAAGCUAACGUAUUAAACUGUAAAUGGUAACGAAGAGACAAACAAAAAUUAACGUAAAGCUUAUAAUACAUUUACGAUGAUUAUUUCGUUAAUGAAUCUUAAGAAAAUGAGAAAAAAAGAAAAAAAAAGAGAGAGAGAGAGAGAGAAAAAAGAUAUGGAAAGAGAGGCGAGGAAACGGCAAGAAAAAGAGGAUGGUUAAUUCCGUUACGUGACACCUUGCUACACGUAGCGAAAGCGAGAUUAAAUAUAUUAUUAAAGAAUAACUUGUAAGUAUAAUGUAACGAUGGGAGAAAGCGUAUGGGUUCGACAAGGAGGUUAAGCAAAGAUAUUAGAGAAACCACAGGCUUUCGGCCCCAAGAUAGCCUGUACGAUACAAACUGAUAUUAUUAUUGAUUAUUAAUAUUAUAUAUACAUAUAUAUAUAUAU